AUGAACUCCUCUUCGUGGAGAACCGAGUCGCUGCUCGUGUCCUCCGGCUUCUCGCUGCUCUUCGUGCUCGGCACCGCGGGGAACUCCCUGGUGCUCGCGGUCCUGUGUGGGAGCGGAACCAUGAACACCACCAACCUGUUCAUCCUCAACCUGGGGCUGGCGGACCUGGGCUUCAUCGUGCUGUGCGUCCCCUUCCAGGCCACCGUGUACACCCUGGACCAGUGGCUGUUCGGACCCGUGCUGUGCAGGCUCGUGCACUUCUUCAUCUUCCUCACCAGUCACGCGAGCAUCUUCACCCUGGCGGCGGUUUCUGUGGACAGGUGUUGA